CUCAGUGGAUAAUAAGUGCAUUACUACCAAAUGGCUUCGAGAUCGCUCCGUCUAAUACUGCGCGCCUUUCCACUAAUAAUGGCUGUGGCUGAGAAAAUGGUUAACACCUAUAAAUGGUGCACGUCUGCGUCUGGUGGAAAAUGCAUCAACUGAACACAAAGUCAAUGUAUUUAUGUUUUCAAGUCAAAUAAAAUCUCUUAAAACAUAGUAGCAAACGCUUUCGAAUUUCAAAGCUAAGGUUUCAUUUGAAGUAGAACUUAUUAAGAAUAGUCUCAAAAUAGCUUAAGCAAAAUGCAAGGCGCCGACGCUCAGCCGAAGCGCACUCAGAGCUAUGUGAAUGAGGCCUAUCGUUUGGUUCUUGAGAAACCGGGCGUGGAGGAGGUGCUCAUCAUGAAUCAUUCGGGAGUGCCAGUCAAAACAUCAAUGUCGCGCCAGGAUGCACUGCAGCAUGCCUGCCUCUAUGACAACUUCCGCGAAAAGACCCAAGCAUUCCUACAAAAGCUGGAGCCGCCGCAGACCCUAACUAUGCUACGUGUGCGCACCAAAUUGCAUGAAGUCCUCAUAACACCCGAUGCCAAGAUUACAAUAUUAGUUGUUCAAAAUGCAAAGGAUGCAUAUAUGAAGUCCUUAGACCCUUAAACUAUCAACUGUUUUCUAGAGGUCUAUCAACCCCACACUGUUCUUCGUUUUCAUGUUCAUGAUCAACCAAUAAAUUGAGAGUGGUCUCUGCAGACUAUA